AUGCCUACAUGCAAAGAUUGUGGCCAAUGGGUCCUGACCACAUCCGGACUUAACAAGCACAUUACAAGGUCCCCAAGUUGUUGCACAAAGUGGCUUGAACGACUCCAAAAUUUCAGUGUCAAUGUAUUUGAUCUUGGUGGGGGGUUUGCAGAACCCCAGCAGGAUGAUAGCAGUGAUGACGGUCUAGAAGACAACAAUAUGGCCAAUGAAUUCAAUGAUAUUCCAGAGCAAGACUCCGAAAACUUACCUCCUCCUCCUCCUCCUCCUCCUCCUCCUCCUCCUCCUCCUCCUCCUCCUCCUCCUCCUCCUCCUCUUCGUCAACAUCAAGUCCAAGUCGAGGUAGAAGAGCCUGAGGUACCUGGCAAUGCAUGUUGGAUUGAUUCCUACCCUGUGGAGGCUUCAGCAGGUGUGCCUUCAACGGAUGAGGAGAAUGUACCCACCAAGUUCCACAGGAUCCAAGCUGAAUUAGAAAACGGCGAUGAUGGGAUGUGGGGACCAUUUCAGGAUGAAGAUGAGUGGGAGCUUGGAAAGUGGCUGAUACAGAAUGUGGGGCAGACUCAGACCGACAAGUUUCUGAAACUGCCGAUUAUCAAGGACCGGACCGGACCCUCAUAUACAUCCAACAAGUCCUUCUUGAAGAAGAUUGAUCGGCUUCCCACAAAAGGCCCUGACUGGCAUUGUGACCUCAUCAAGGUCGCGGGAGAUGUGCUUGACGGGGAUGGGGAAAUGUUGACAACGGACUUGGAGCUAUGGCGCCGCGAUCCAGUGGAAUGCAUUCGCGAACUCAUCGGAAAUCCUGCCUUCAAGGAUGUGAUGGCCUUUGCACCCGAACGAGCCUACGAAGAUCGUCAGGGCAAGGUUCAUAUAUACGAUGAGAUGUGGACUUGUGAUUGGUGGUGGGACAUGCAGGGCAAACUACCACCAGGUACCACGAUAGCACCUGUCAUUCUCGCAUCUGACAAGACAAGUCUGUCUCAGUUUCAUGGAGACAAAUCAGCAUGGCCCGUCUAUCUCACCAUUGGCAACAUUGAGAAGUCGACUUGUCGAAAACCGCGGAUGCAUGCCACUAUCUUAGUCGGUUACUUGCCUGUUGCCAAGCUGGACUGCUUUAGCAAAGGCACUCGGUCAGUUGCAGGUUACCGACUGUUUCAUGAGUGCAUGCGCCGUCUGUUGGAACCCUUGAUUGCUGCUGGACAUGUGGGAGUUGACAUGGUCUGUGCUGAUGGCAGAGUGCGUCGAGUGCAUCCUAUCCUAGCGGCUUAUGUUGCAGAUCACCCUGAGCAGUGCCUUGUGGCAUGCACAAAAGAGAGUUUUUGCCCCAAGUGCCAUGUUCAUCGUGACGAUCGAGGCGAACCUCUUGACUCCCUUCUCCGUGACCCAGAUCGGACGAUGACUAUACUAGAGCACAAGCGUUCUGGCCGGAGAGUAGCAGCUUAUACUCGAGAAGGCCUACAUCCUGUUUACCGUCCAUUCUGGGCAGAUCUUCCUCACACCAACAUCUUCGCUAGUGUGACACCGGACAUUUUACAUCAACGCCAUAAAGGAGUCUUCCAUGACCAUCUUCUCAAGUGGUGUACUGAGAUUGCGGGGGAAGAGCAGAUUGACGAACGAUAUCGCACAAUGACCAACUACCCUGGCCUUCACUAUUUCUCCAAAGGGAUUUCACUCGUGUCUCAGUGGACAGGAACAGAGCACCGUGAAAUGCAACGAGUCUUUCUUGUUGUCCUUGCAGGCACAGUACAGCCUUCGGUAUUUCGUGCAGCGCGUGCAGUGCUUGAUUUCAUAUUCUAUGCUCAGUUUCAUUCUCACACCUCUCAGACUCUAGACGUGCUCCAAAAUGCGCUGGACGAGUUCCAUGCACAUAAGCACAUUUUCAAGGAUCUCGGAGUGCACAACGAUUUCAAUAUUCCGAAGCUCCAUUCAAUGUUACAUUAUGUCGACUCAAUAAAAUCACGCGGUUCUGCAGAUGGGUUCAACACUGAGUUCCCGGAACGUUUGCAUAUCGAUUUUGCCAAAAAUGCAUACCGUGCAACCAACAAGCGAGACUAUGUAGUGCAGAUGACUAAAUGGUUGAUGAGGCAGGAGAUGGUUGACCAGUUCUCCACUUACCUUGACUGGCGUUUGGAGAGAUUCGAGGAGCCGCAAACUGGUGGAGACGAGGAAGAUGAAGAUAACGAGAAUGAUGCCCCGAAUGAUGAAGCUACAAGUAUUCAGCCUGUGAACGAUGACUCGCAACCCAAUGACCAGGCCAUCAGUGCACAGUCGCCAAUACACAUCCUAUCGGCUCGUCCUUCGUUCAAGGCAUUGACUAUUGCUACAAUCACGCACACAUUCGGUGCUCUGAAUUCCUUGCCAGCGCUGUCACAAUAUCUUCGCAUUGCUGCUCCAAAUGGACCUAUUGUCAGUGAAUGGGAUUGUUUUGAGGGUUAUCGGCGGCUUUCCAUCCCAUAUAUGAAGCUGCCCGCGAUUCACAUGUCAAAAGGUCUCGAUCGCAUUCGCGCAUCUCCCCCCACUGCACAAGCAGGUCGUUCAUCUGUGACUGUCAGAAAAUUUGACACUGUGCUUGUACGUGUUGGGGGAGACAAUGCGCACACUCAAGGGACUGCAUUGGAAGGUCUUCAAAUCGCGCAGCUUCGAUUGAUUUUUGAGAUCCCGCGUCACCUGAGAGUGGUUGGACAACCGCAUCGACUAGCCUAUGUUGAAUGGUUCCAACCUUUUCGUGCACGAGACGAAUUAUUUCACAUGCAUGCUGUUUCUCGUUCUUAUGCUGGUCGUGUGCCCCGCUCGAGUGUAAUCCCUGUGUCCGAUAUUGUUCACAGCUGUCACCUCAUUCCGAAAUUCGGUACUCAAGUGGACAAGAGUUGGGCUGCUGCGCAUGUGUUGGACAGUUGUAAGACAUUCUACCUUAAUUCAUGGAUAGAUAUGUACACUUUUUACAAAUUUCGCAACACGUCAAUGUUAAACUAA